AUGGCGCUGUACAUGUAUAUACGACACCAAAUAAUCAAGAAGAAAGACCUCAGAACCCUCAAAUACGUCGAGCCCCCUGCGAUGGGAUCGGGUGAAGAGCCGCGGCCCGUCAUCACCACCGUCCAGGACUACGACAAGCAGCAACUCCGCUCUCUCCUCAAGGGCCAGCUGAUGGGCGUGGGCAUGAUGUGCGUGAUGCACCUGUACUUCAAGUACACCAACCCGCUAGUGAUACAGUCGAUCAUCCCCUUCAAGACCGCGCUCGAGGGCAACCUGGUCAAAAUCCACGUGUUCGGCAUGUCGGACAAGGGCGAGCUGGAGCGGCCGUGGAAGGCGGCGGGGGGCCUGCUUGGGAUGGCCCAGGGCGAAGUGAAGAAGGAUCGCGCCAGUGUCGAGUCUGCGGAGAAGAAGUGGAGAGGCGGUGCAAAGGAAGAAUUUAUAAUGGAUAAUACAGAUACGGAUUACAGAGCCGUGGAAAUGGAAAGAAACAUCAAAGGAAACGGAGCAUUCCAGAUUGCGACGACAAGGAAGAAGAAAGAAGAAGACGAAGAAGAAGAAGAAAAAUCCGCAGCGGAGCGCAGAUGA